CAGCAGAUCACAGAGGUAGGGAGGAGCAAGGCCCUCAAGGUGUAUGGCGUCUGAUGAGUGUGUGAGGGAAUUAUGUGUUCUGAGUGUGUUCUGUGAAUAUGAAAGGAGAUCAGUGAGUUAGUGUAUGUACCCUAAAGUUAGUGAAUGUGAGUGGUGAGCUUGUGCCGGAUUAUGUGUGUUGGAAUAUAUUAGUGUGCUCAAUUGUCUGAGUGUGAGCAGAUGUGAGUAGGUGAGUGGGCAGAAGUGUGUGAGAAUAAAUCCCACAUUUGGGACUCCCUUCCUCACCUCCUGUUCUCUGUUUUCAAAGGCCAUCUAAAAAAAAACUCCUCCUCUUCCACCAUCUUCCUUCUUGAUGCUCUAUGUAAAGUGCUCCAGGGCAUUAUUAUAUGUGAAGGACACUACAUAAAUGCAAGAUUUUGCUGGGGUGAGUGAAAUGAAGCAUUGUCACAGAUCUUAUAGCAGUCGGUUUAAAGCGGGGAUCUGACGAGCUUUUUUCUGCUGGUUUCAUUAACGGCCCUUCUACCAUGAGCAAUUCUACUUCAGCUACAGCUAAUGGAAACGAUACCAAAAAGUUUAAAGGAGACUGGUCUCCAAGCUCUCCCUCUCGUGUUCUUCAUAUUCGCAAGAUUCCAAAUGAAGUCUCAGAAACUGAGGUCCUCUCACUAGGUUUACCUUUCGGCAAAGUCACUAACCUGUUGAUGUUAAAAGGGAAAAAUCAGGCUUUCGUUGAAAUGGCUUCAGAAGAAGCUGCUGUUACUAUGGUGAACUAUUACACCACUGUCACUCCACACCUCCGCAAUCAGCCCAUUUACAUUCAGUAUUCUAACCACAGAGAAUUGAAGACUGACAACUUGCCCAACCAAGCUAGAGCCCAGGCAGCUUUACAGGCAGUGAAUGCAAUUCACACUGGUAACAUGGCUAUGUCAGGCACCGGUGUUGAAGGGGCACUGCUAGCUGGUCAGAGUCCGGUCCUCCGCAUCAUUGUGGAGAACCUUUUUUAUCCCGUCACCUUGGAGGUCUUGCAUCAGAUCUUUACCAAGUAUGGAACCGUGCUGAAAAUCAUCACUUUCACCAAGAACAACCAAUUCCAGGCAUUGCUUCAGUAUGCUGAUCCAAUGCAUGCACAUCACGCUAAACUGGCUCUGGAUGGCCAGAAUAUCUACAAUGCCUGCUGUACUUUGCGUAUAGAGUUUUCCAAACUGACAGCCCUGAAUGUGAAAUACAACAAUGAUAAAAGCCGAGACUUCACACGCCUUGAUCUUCCUUCCGGCGAUGGCCAGCCCCCCAUGGACACUUCAAUGGCUGCCGCUUUCGGUGCACCAGGUAUCAUCUCCAAUCCCUAUAGUGGGGCGGCUGGAUUUGGCCCAGCUCUUGGCUUUCCACAGGCAGGUCUCUCAGUUCAGGCAGUCCCAGGAGGCCUUGGACAUCUAGGGAUUCCACAUGGUGCAGUUGCUGGUCGCCUAGCAAUGGCUGGUAUGGGACCAUGCACAGCAAACACAGUCCUGUUGGUUAGCAACCUGAAUCCAGAGAAGGUUUCACCUCACUGGCUGUUCAUCCUCUUUGGGGUGUAUGGUGAUGUACAUCGUGUGAAGAUCUUGUUCAAUAAAAAGGAAAAUGCUUUAGUGCAGAUGGCAGAUUCAAAUCAAGCUCAGCUGGCCAUGAGUCAUCUGAAUGGACAGAAGGCAUAUGGCAGGGUGAUUCGAGUGACUUUAUCGAAGCAUCAGAUUGUUCAGCUUCCUCGGGAGGGACACGAGGACCAGGGUCUAACUAAGGAUUACAGCACCUCCCCACUUCAUCGUUUCAAGAAACCAGGCUCCAAGAACUUCCAAAACAUUUUUCCUCCAUCAUCUACUCUCCACCUCUCCAAUAUUCCACCUUCAAUAACAGAUGAUGAUCUGAAGAAUCUGUUUGGAAGCAUUGGAGCUACAGUGAAGGCCUUCAAAUUUUUCCUGAAGGACCGCAAGAUGGCCCUUAUCCAGUUAGCCUCUCUUGAAGAAGCAAUCCAUGCUCUUAUUGAUCUUCACAACCAUGACCUUGGAGAAAAUCACCAUCUCAGAGUUUCCUUUUCUAAAUCUACAAUCUAAUUUUCCUCUUCUGGUGUUUCUCUCCAGACUGGGACCACAAUGUGGAAAACUAGCCUUUAGACAGAGACUCAAGUACCAAUGACCAACUAUGCCUGCAAGAGACAUGUAGAUUAAUGAUCUUUUAGGUUGAACACACAACAGUGACACAGAUUUAUCCAAUUUGCUGACACACUUUUACUUUGCUAUACAUUUUCUUCAGUUUAAACUUAAGCUUAAUAUACUUUUCCUUUAUUUUUUGGAGGGUGGUUUGUUGCAAGCAGUCAACAGCCAUAAUUCCGAUCACUUACCAGUAAAGUCGGUUAAGUGAUUAAGAGUUUUUUUUAAAAAAAGUUUACAGUCUUGAGAGAGAAAAAUCAGGUCGAGAUCUAAAUUUGUCAUACUUUUAAAAAUAUUUUGGUAAUUUUUUUUGAAAAAGACUCUUAAACUUCAUGGGUUUUCAUACCACUAAAAUAUAAUCGGAAAAUUUAUCAGUUUCCUAUUUACUGUGUACUCAUUUAAUUCUUAUCACGUGCCUUAUUAAGUGCUUAUAAUCAAUUAAUAGAUUAGUGGUUUUGUUUGAGGUAUCCAGUACAUGUAUGGUGGGUUCUUUUUGGGAGUAUUUCUUCUUGUCUCGUAGAUUUUAGAUGUAUUUUCUUUUGUGUUUUUUUGCAAGUUCGAUCAGUUAUUUUUUUUAUGGAAAAUGUGCACAGAUGGGAAAGAAAAAACACCAACUUCCUCUUUCUUCCUCAGGCAACCACAACCUUGCAAACAUGCACAGUAGUUCCAGAGAAUUACAGUAUAAUAUUCUUGCUGUAGAAUGGGACCGAAGAUGAGAGCAAUGGGUGUUGGUGUGUUUAGCCCCAGAGGUUGCUUAUUUGCUUUGGUAUCUGCACGAUUCUUGGUGGUUUAAAUUUUCAAUCUGUGUGCUAAGGGUUUGUAAAAUGUUACCUUAAAAUAUUUCAUUUAUUUUGCUGAUGAUCUGUAGUGUGAAGUUAUCCGUGUUAAUUUUACAAAGGUUUCAUUGAUGUGAUCGGCAGUUAUUUUGAGGGAGUAGAACCUUUUGUUUUUUUGAAUGUUUCAGCGCUGGGUUUUAUGUCUCUGAUAUUUUAAAAUGUUUGUUUUGUUUAGAGACCACGGCUAAACAUUCAACAUUUUAUGCUUGCCUUUUGUUAAGGACUAAAUAUUUGUAACUGCCAGACUAGGUUUUUUUUAAAAAAAGUCCUUAACUCUUCCAUCCAUUCUGAAAGAGUAGUUCACAGCUGCACAGACUUAGCAAAGCUUUCAUUAAACCAUGGUUAGAACUGUACUGAUUUCCUAAAUACAAGACUGUUUCAUACUUUCCAGAAGGAAUUAUAAGAGGUAUCAACUCCUGAAAAAAGUAGAAACUAGUGAAUGUUAAGGUGAAAAUAUCAGCUUUUAUUUCAGGGUUUCAGAGAAAACCAAAACCGGACCAAAGUUUAUGUGCCUUUAGUCGUCUUAAUGGGUCUUUUUUCCCCCUCUUCCUUCUAGUUUUCAUAUUUUCUCUUGUUAUAUCUAUCUAGAAUAGAAAAUUAUUACAAACAUAAUUUUGAGUAUGUAAUCCCAUAGAGAAGGAAAGAGCGUGAGAAAGAAUAUUUUAUUUUGGUUGUUUUGUAGUGACGUGGUUUGUUAGUUUACACCCAGCUCUAAAAGAGAGAAUAUCAGAUGCUCACUAAUUUACACAAAACGGAUCUGCCAAUCUCACUUACUGGACAUUGAACGCAAUCUCAAUUUGUUUUUCAAAUGAAUGGUCCCUUAAAAGUAAUUGCAGGAAUCGCAGUUGUAUCCUCACUAUUUGAGCCUGAAUCCUGCACAAACUUAAGUGCAAAUCCGUUUUAUCUUUGUAAAGUCCAACAUGUUUGUGCAACGCUCACCAAGGAGUGCAGUACUGGAACCAGUUUUCUAAGGAGUGGAAGCAGAGAGCUACAGCUGUUCUGCUUUGCCCCUAUAUUAUUGAGUGGGGAAAGGCAGAUCUAUACUUAUUCACAAUACUGCUUAUAGACUUACAACUGUGAAAUUUCCAGAGAGCCCUGGUCUAUUCACAAGCAGCACUGGUGGUGGGAAAUUAGUUCUCAAGUGAUGUACCCUGACCAAAACAAUAUAGCAUUCCUAACAGUAAAAUCUACAUGAGUCUUAUACAACCUUUGCAUUGCAGCUGGAAUACAUUUGGCUGUGCAAUUUAGACUCGCAUUGUUACAGCUACCAACCACCUUAGUUGAGCUGCCUUUCAUCAUAAAUUGAGUCCCUCAGUAGUGCUGUGAGGUUGGCAGGUACGUACUGCUUUUCCCCUCUGUCAAUCAUGUACUUGGUCUGUUCUUAAAAUUCCUGCUUUUUUGAGUUAGUAAGGAUGUUCAGCUGACAAAAUGAAAGUGCUGUAAAUAUUUGUAACAACUUUUUUUAUCUGAUGAGGUUUUUUGGGAACAAGAAAAAAGUACAAACUGGUUUUUAUAUGAAAA